UCGAAUAAGAAUUUGAACAGUAGUCCCCCAUGAGCAAAUGGGUCACGGUUCGGGCGGGACGAUUCGGCCUGCCGGAAUAUCUGCCCAGAUCGUGCCCAGAUCUCCAUGGCCACGAAUUCCUCCCAGGCACCUGCAUGAUAUGUUGUCACUGGUCUUCUUGAGAGUCACACGGUCAGGUACCUUUGUGUGGAGCGUGAAGAGGACCGGGCCACUUGAGCCACGAUAAUCCUCCACGACGCGAGCCUCGGCUAUGCGCGCCGUCCAUAGAUAACAGAAAGCUCGCCAAACAAGGCUGGUGCAGCGAGGGUCCGCUUGUGAUCACCAUCGACGAAGACCGCCCACCGCACCAGACGUCAGGACAUAGAGCUUGCUGAUGUCUGCACUUCCUUGUUGGACAAAAACACUACCUGUUGUUAUAUUGCCCUGCCCGCGGGGCUGCUGCAGUGCAUAAUCCUUUGCCGCAACCGUCAGCGUUGGCAGACCGAACUUCCGCGUGAUCGUGUUGAAAAGCUCAGCUGCCGCCAGGACGCAGUGGGGGGCGUCAAGCUGGAUCUGUCAACUCCGCGCAUGUAGGCUUUUUGCUCAAUGACAGUCGCCCCUCGACUUCCGCAGUAAGUCCCGUCGAGUAGACGUUGUCAUGCAUGAUGAUGCGUGCGGCCGCCCCGGCGACCGAAUCGAACGUGGCUUGCCAGUCGAAAACUGACAGAACCUUUUAUUCCUUUUUCGCGACCGGUACCCCGCAACAUUGGAAUGGAUCUGCGGCAGGACCCCGGCCGCCGUCGAUCGCUUAACAGAUGCCAAAGGCGCUGAUACUGUCUAACAUACGCCGAGACCACCAACACUAUCUAGACCAGCAUACUCCGCUCCUACAAGGAUAAAGUACCGUACUGCAGUAUAGACACCCCCAACCCCCCCCCGGUGGGUAUGAUACUCCAUACAUUUACGUCUAAGUGACCCGAAAUCAAUGGAAUCCUUCGCUAUCCUUCCACGGUGUACAGCUAUAUGUAAUUACGCAAGCUUCUCCGUUUAUAAUAUACAAUCAGCCUUGUGAAAAAAGAUGUGGGGAAAUUCGACGAUCACUACCACUCCAUUCAAGGAACAAUUUAAUCGGUAAGCUGGCUUCUAAAUAAUGUUAUGCACUGCCUAGAUUUAUUCCGGAGGGAAAGUUGAAGCACCCUGGCCGCUGGAAAAAAAAACAGUACCGCUUAGGACGUUACUCAGGUGGUGGAUAUUGGUCUUGCUGUGGAAGUUCAGAUAAGUUAGCUACUCCAUGCGACCCCAUAAUGCAGGAACGUUGGAAACUGUUCCAGAUAGCGGCUGAUUCUUCGAUGACAAAAAGUGUUGUCAGACGAGCACUGGUCAGCACAAUUGAAAUCCCUUGCAAAAAUCCAUAUCCCUAGGCUGGCAGAGUAAGAUCGAAAUGGCACAGGAAUUUGACAGUGAAGCGACAUGAUCACUGUGUCAGAGUUAACAUAGGACUCGUUUCGGCGUACCCAAUGGUGCGUACCCAAAUCUGAGAUGGCUCUGGUGGGCAUCACUACAAUUUCUACAUUAGGGGCAUACGUUUGGUACUACGCAUCACACAUGCACCAUUCAUAAUGUAAGUCGGCCUUGUAUUACCGUCAAAUUGGUAUCAUCCGUCCCCAUCUAGGUGCCAAUGCUCGUCAAAUCUCUCAGAAAUGCAGAUCACCAGCGGGCUGUGAACGAAAGUCUCCGUGCUGCGUGUGCACUUUGUGGCACGGAAGUAGGCUGCAUCGCACUUGUAAGGCACGGCAUGCUUGAAGUUGUCCAGCAUUUUAUUAUGCAGCUAAUGGAAAACAUGAACAGAUCAACAACUGUGUUCAACGCAGCAGACGACCAUGUUCAUCAUCCAUCUGAACUUCUACAAGAAGCCCAAAUGCUGUGUGCAGGGAUUUUGGCUGCGCUGGCUAAAUGUGAUGCCACACGAGACUGCCUUUCAGCCAGGCCCAAGACUGCACUUGCAGUAUUUGGUGCUUUACUGUCAUCUCGCAGCGGCGUCUACGUGCAGUCUAGUCCUCCUUGAAAUGUUUUGCAUCACAGGAAUUCAGGGCGGCAUACGUCCUACCGCUGCAACCUUUUGACUUCCCUUGUUGCAGCAACUACCUCAUCUGCAUCCCAGCACGCCCUGCUCUUUUUUCGUCACCGAGGUGACUCAGACGCACCAACAAAAGGGCUCAAACAUAAGCCCCACCCAAUGUCUUAUCACACAAUCGUUGAAAAUAUUUGGCUGGGCAUGUCGUACCUGGGAGAAGCCGAGAACGUUGAACCUGGGCCAGCCACGAGCCCAAUACCCGGCUUGGAUAGACAACAGAUCCAGUUUGCCUUUGUUCUCCUCCAGAUGGCCUGCCGAAUCCUCGAGCAACUAAGUUCGUACGAUAGCUCAGCCGGUACCACGCUACGCGAUGCUGGAGUGGCUGAGACAUGUUUUAGCUUAAUUGCUGCCAUCCAAAACUACACUGCUCGAAGAAACGAUGAGGUUGAGCUGGGCAUAAAUGCCCUCGCAGCGGCAGUUGCGAUGCUACAGCAAGUAACUGUUGUUUUGGGAGAUAUUCACGCCAGCUUAGCCUCAUCACAUGCCCUGCCCAUUAUUUACGGUGUCUUACGAUCCCAACUCUCUCAAACAAGUAUCCAACAGAAUGGCAUUCAGCUUGUUCACACUCUUGUGCACACCAGACAGGGAGCCCGGGAGCUAGAUGGGAUUCCUGGGGCGUGGCUGUGGCUCGGUAAUUUCAAGUCUAGUAUGACAAAGAAGGGAGAAUCAUGCCUUUGGCGCUGCAAAACUGAGAUGAAAUUCAAAGAAGAACGUCAAGGCUGGAGUGCCCCAAGAUUAGCUACCUUCCUCCAUCUCCAUGGUCUCAAAGGAGCCUCAUGUGACCAACUCCAUCGCAAUGCCCGAGAACUUUACACUUUGGCCCUUUUGCCAUUCGAGGAUGAGUCUACUGAAUCAUGGCAGAGCCGACUGCUUGCUUUUGAAGAGCGAAACAAGACAAAGCUCCUUGCUUCAAUCGUCGGGCGUGGGCAUCUACUUUGAAUAUACGUACCGGCUGGCGUCUACCCAAGUCCAGGUGUCGGUGUAAGAAGCAAGACAGCUGAAUGCACAGGAGUUGUGUACGACACUAAAUUAGCAUCGGGCAGCUCAUAUAACCUCGUUACUGACAAAUUACUGUACAUUGCCCAACUGACGGGGAAAUUAAAGUUCGGCGCCUUCCACAGGCAAAUCUAUAUUCCACCAGUACGGGCCCAACAAGAGAACUUGAAGUUGACAAUGGAGUUGGGUGCAGGAACGUCCUGGGCCCGGGCGGCUCUCAUGCGGUGGGCGUUUGUUCAUCAUAACCAGCACUGAGCUCACCGGUCCAUCCUCCCAGGGCCUUCCCUGGGGCGCGGAAGGGGGCUCUGUGACUUGGCAUUGUUGGUGGCUGGGAAUUGUGAGCACGUUCUAGGUUGCACAUACCACACUUCCCUAGGUUGGCAUUUACCUGAGGGGUUAUAACCCCGGCGCCGCCCGGGGUUAAAACCCGGGUAAUUGCCGGUUAGUACGGGUUAUUUACCUCAGGAUCUUAUAGAGGGG